AUGGCGUCACAGCAGCAAGCCAGGAAGCAGCAGCAGGCCAGCAAGGGCCACGAGGAGGCCGGCCAAGGCCAGGCGAUGAACCUGGAGGAGAUUGGCAAGUACCGCGCCGAGGGCGCGAAGCAGGGCGAGAGCCAUGGCCGCGGUAGCCACGGCUCUGAGUCUGAGGCGCAGCAGUGGCUGGCGGACGCCGCGGCCGAUGCCAGGGAGAGGUGCAACAAGGCCCUGGGGACAAGCCCGGCCGCCGCGCACGGGGGCAAGGCGUCGGCCGGCGGCGCGGCUCAACACCAGCAAACCAAGAACGAGCAGGAGGGUGGCCAAGCCCGCGGCCAUCUGACAAGGCAGGACGAGAUGGGGAAGCACGGCAGCGAGGCGCAGAAGAACUCGACCGCGGAGGCUGCACGUGCCGCGGUGGAGAAGCACGACGAUAAGGGCAGGGAGACCGGCGCGACCGCGGGACAGGGCAUGAAGGACACGGCGGCGAAGCACGACAAGGGCAGGGAGACCGGCACGACCGCGGGACAGGGCGUGAAGGACACGGCGACGCGCGCGGUUGGCGCCACGGCGGAGAAGACCCAGGAGGCCACGGGGACAGCGGCCGACUACACCAAGCAGGCGGCCGCGAAGGUGAAGGAUGUCACUGCCGGUGCGGCCGGGACGGCCGCGGAGUACGCGAAGCAGGCGGCCGUGAAGGCCAAGGACGUGACGCUGGGCACCGGGGAGACGGCCGCGGAGUACGCGAAGCAGGCGGCGGUGAAAGGCAAGGAGGUGACGCUGAGCACCGGCGAGACGGCCGCGGAUUUCGCCAAGGCCACGGCCGAGAAGGCGAAGGAGGCGGCGGUGGCGACGGCGAAGACGACGGCCGGGUACACGCAGCAGGCGGCGGUGAAGGCCAAGGACGUGACGGUCUCCACGGGCGCGCAGGUGGCGCAGAAGGCGACGGAGGUGACGGCCGACACCGCGCGCAAGGUGGCGGACUACGCCAAGGAGAAGGCGGAGCAAGGCAGGGAGCGCGAGGCCCGCGCCGCCGACCAGGCGGAGGAGCCUGGCUGUGGCGCAACCACGCAGCAGGCCAAGGACUCGACGUCCCAGACGGCGAGCAAGGCUCGCGACAUGACCGGACAGCACAAGGACAGGGCCACGGACACCGCCGGCGAAAUUGCGCGUAAGGCCGCGGACACGGCCGUGCAGGCCAAGGAGAAGGUGAAGGACACAGCCGUAUCCAUGUUUCAGAAGGCGGGUGACACCGCCGAACAUGCCAAGGAGACGGCGAAGGACGCGGCCGGCGGCAUGGCGCAGAGGUCGAGGGACACCGCUGCGCAGGCCGGGGACAGGGCGAAGGACACCGCUUGGCGCGCUGAUGAGCAGAAGGCAGGGGAAGUGAAAGAAAGCGCGUCAGGGACCGGCAAGACUGGCUGUGGCGGUGGCGAUGCGACGACGAAGGCGAAGGGUGGCCAAGACGAAGACACGACGGUACUGGGCGACGUCCUGGAGGCGGUGGGCGCGACGGUGGUUGGGCUCGCGCAGCACGGCAAGGGGAUCGUGGCCGGCGAGGAGGAGCUCGUCCCGGUAGAAGGCGAGAAAGGGAAGGCCACCGGAGGAGCCAAGGAGGAGAAGCGCAAGCUCGCUUGA